AUGUUUUCCGUAGAAAUAAAUAACAAUAAAAUGAAAAUAUUAGAAUGUAGAGAAAAAGCUUAUUCUGUAAUUUCAAAAAAUAAAAAAUUCUUGUGUAGUGGAAUAUAUGGCAUAAUCAACAUUAGGAAUUCACAGUAUAUUAUUUUUAUUGUUGAUUCUAGAAAAGUAAGCACUUUUUUUUCUUCUGAUGUUUUUGAAGUUUCUAAAGUAGAGAUAAUCCUCUUAAAAGGAAGUCCAGAGACACAAUACAUUUACGGUCUGAGAAGUGUACUAGAAAAUUGUGGAAUUUAUUUUAGUAAGACUUUUCUAUAUAAAAAUAUUUCAUUUGAUAAGAAUAAAAAACGAUUAAAAAAAGACUUUUGGUUUAAUUACAAUCCUUGUAAGGCACUAAAAGUCUAUGAUAGAGAUCUUAUUUCAUUUUCGGUCAGGUGUAUUCAAGGGUAUUUUAAUUCUAUGACUUACGGUAGUACAAAAAUAACUCUUAUUUCUAGAAGAUGUUGGAGAAGAUGUGGAGCUAGAUUUUUUAGUCGCGGGGUUAAUAAACAAGGAUAUGUAUCUAAUUUUGUAGAAACUGAACAAAUUAUACAAAUCGAUAACAAGGUAAUACAUGCAUUUUUACAAAUUAGAGGAUCUAUUCCAUUAGUAUGGGGGCAUAAAGUAAAUUUGAAGUAUGCACCUGAAAUUAUCCUCCCUGAAAAAAAUGCACAAUUCUUUUUUAAAUCACAUGAUCUUCUUUUAUCUAAAUAUGGCUCAAUUUAUUAUAUUAAUUUAAUUAAUGACACUAAUUAUGAAGGGAUAUUGUACAAAGCAUUUAAUAAACUACGUAAUACAAUACGACUAAAUAAUUUUAACUAUCAUAAAUUACAGAAAACUCUUGACCUAGAAGAAAAUAAAAAACUGUCUAAACAGAUAGAUAAAAUUUUAGAUGAAUUUAACAGUAAAUCUACUAUUAAAUAUCAAAAAGGGGCUAUUAGAAUUAAUUGUAUAGAUUGCUUAGAUAGAACAAAUUUGAUGCAAUACAUUAUAGCCAAGCAUCUAGUCAAAAGAUUAUUUGGUAAAAAUUUUUUGAUUUAUAAUUCUAUCCUCAGAUUAUUGUGGUUUUAUAAUGGAAAUAUGUUAUCUUUACAGUAUGCAGGUACGCCUGCUAUAAAGGCAGAUUUGUUAAGACAUGAAAAAUAUACAGUUAACGGAUACUUAAAAGAUUUUUAUUAUUCUGUACAAAGAUAUUUUAUCAAUAGACUUUUUCAUGGACAAAUACAUGAUGCUUACAAUAUUUUAACAUAUAAAAAAUAUAUUUUUAAGGACAAAGCUACGACCAAGCUAAGCAUACAAAGCUUUGUAAUGCUUUGUUUAGUUAUUUAUGUAUACAAAUAUAUAAUAGAUUUUAAAAUUCCGCUUUUAAAGUACAUUUUGUACUUUUUGAUUUUUUUUACUUUUAAUUUUUUAAGUUGA